GCUAUCUUUCUUUAAGGUGAUAUAUUCCGAGAUGGAUAUAUCUUUAUUACAUCUACAGUGUAUUCUGUCAACUGUGCGCCAUCGUACAGGUCGCUCCCGCGAUUGAGCUAUCAGUCAACCCAUCGGCAACACUCAUUACUUCCAAUGAUAACAAACAGCAUGCCACCUACUCUUACACCCCUCAACACCAUCCAAAACGUCCGCCUUCUAGGCAGAGACUCAACCUGGGAUAUCGUCAUCUCUCCCGACUCUCCCAGCAUCAUCACCUCCGUCACCCCGCACCAGAACCCCGAUUCCGAUAAAUGCUCCCCCCUCGCCCUUCCAGCCCUGACACACCCCCACAUCCACCUGGACAAGGCCUUCAUCCACAACUCCCCUGAUUACGCACACCUACUUCCCGCAACCGGCUCAUUCGCUGAAGCGCUGUCCUUCACCGCCAAAGCAAAACAACUCUUCACGCACGAUGACCUCCACAAACGCGGGGAAUGGCUCCUUGCAGGCUCGGUCGCUGCAGGGGUCACGGCGAUGAGGGCAUUCGUGGAAGUGGACCAUACAGUAAACCUCACUUGUCUGGAAGCCGGAAUUGCCUUGAAGGAGGAGUGGAAGGAGGCGUGUGCCGUGCAAAUUGUAUCGUUUGCGCAGGACCCGAUAUUCUCCACGGAAUAUGGGGAGGUGAAUCGAUGGCUCAUGGAAGAUGCGGUGAUACGGCCACAGGUUGAUGUCAUCGGGACAACCCCGUAUGUGGAGGUGACAAUGGGGGCGGCAAAACAGAACAUCAGGUGGGCAAUUGAGAGAGCCCUGGAGUACAACAAGCAUGUCGACUUUCAUCUCGAUUAUAAUCUAGAUGCCGGAAAAGAAGCCCUAGUGUGGUUUGUUCUGUCCACGCUGAAAGAGAAAGGCUGGACAGUGCACUUCACGGACAAGCGGGUCAUGCUAGGCCAUUGCACCCGAUUAACACUCUUCAAGGAUGAGGAAUGGGAGCUUCUUGCGAAGGAGAUUCGUGACAAUGACCUCCCUGUUAGCUUUGUUGGGUUGCCGACGAGCGACAUGUAUAUGGCGUCGCCGUCAUCGAAGAGCCAUGAUCGACCACGGGGUACGCUGCAGGUGUUGGAGAUGAUCAACAAGCACGGUCUGGACGCUGUGGUUGGCAUCAAUAACGUUGGUAAUGCGUUCACGCCCUGGGGCUCUGAAGAUCCGCUAUCGCUGGCAUCUCUGGGAGUGGGCCUCUACCAGGCUGGUACCACGGCAGAUGCUGAAUUAUUGUAUAAGUGCGUGUCGACCAGAGCUCGUGCGGCAAUCGGACUAUCGCCAUCAGAGGCUAGUCUGACUUUGAGCCAGGGAGAUCGGGCAGAUAUCCUGCUGUUUCAUGAUGUCGAUGAUACCGGCUGUAACAUCUCGAGGCCACGCCAUGGUGUGGCAGGAAUUGUCUGGGACCCGCCAGCGAAGAUCAGCAGGGAUGUUGUAGUUGCCGGUCGACUGAAAACUUCAUGCGCAUUGUGUCCACGAACUGCAUAUCGCUUCGCAUAGCGACGAGUCAGGCCAUAAGCUUAUGGACGUGGAAUGACAGUAUAUUCGUCGCUAAGCAAACCUUCAAAUACUCGAAAUAGACACAUCCAGCCAUGUAUGCUAUAAGGCCUAACGAUCUAUGACAGUAUAAUAUGAUAUCGUAU